AUGAAGCUCAAAGCUGUCAUGGAGAACCUCCAGCGGCAACAGGCAGCGCGCAUUGCCCUGGAUGAGAAACUCCGACAAGUGGGGAAGGAGCGAGACCUCCGCUCGAUGGUGGAGACCCGAAUACAUCAACAAGCUCUGGCUUUCCGGCAUUACCAGACGGCGAUGCACAGCGCUUUGGUCGCUGGAGUUGCUGGUUCUCCUCCCGGGGUAACGAACGGUCAAACGCAGGUCUGCGAAGCCUGCGAGGACAGGAACUCCCCCCGAAACAGCAUUGACAAAAGGGACAUGGAAGACUUGCAGGACAUGGAUGAGCAGGAGGGACUUGAUGAUGAGCGAGACCGUUCGAACCAUUACGAGGAAACUUGCUUGUCAGAGAAAAGCGCCGCGGUGCAUCUGAUGACCAAAGUCCCCGGGGGAUUGGCCCCGGGACGCCGCCCCGAGUGCACCCCACGGCCGCUGCAGCCACAGCACCACGAGUGGACGUAUGAGGAGCAGUUCAAACAGUUGUAUGAACUGGAUGAGGAUGGAAAGCGUAAAGAAUUUCUGGACGACCUCUUCAGUUUCAUGCAGAAACGUGGGACCCCAGUGAAUCGGAUUCCUAUCAUGGCAAAGCAGGUGUUGGAUCUCUACAUGCUCUACAAGCUCGUCACCGAAAAAGGCGGCUUAGUGGAAGUCAUCAAUAAGAAAAUAUGGCGAGAGAUCACCAAAGGCCUUAACCUUCCUACCUCCAUUACCAGUGCAGCUUUUACUCUCCGAACACAGUACAUGAAGUACCUCUAUCCAUAUGAAUGUGAAAAGCGGGGACUGAGCUCUCCCAGUGAGCUUCAGGCCGCUAUCGACAGUAAUCGGCGGGAGGGCCGUCGGCAGAGCUACGGCUCUCCCAUCUUCAACUAUUCACCUGUGGGCACCCCAGCACUGCUGUCUUCACCAAGGAUACAACUUGCCCACUUACAAAUGCCCACCAAUUCCCAGAUACCUGUGUUUGAGAAAGAGGAUUCCAUGGUGGCCAGCUGUCUGUCCAGUCGAGUAGUCCUCCCUUUGUCUCCCAAUCGCCAUCACAUUGCAUCUGUGACGAGCCAGGCAGCAGUUGCGGCGACUCAAGCUGCAGCUGUAAUACAGGCUGCUACUUUGGAGCAGCUCAGAGACAAGCUAGAAAGCAGCGAGCCCCAGGAGAAGAAGAAGAUGAUGGUAGCAGAGGAGCAACAGAGGGUCAUGCAACAAGCACUGCAACAUAAUAUGUUGGCCAUGGCGACCCAGAUACCGCUAAGCAUCAAACUCAACAACAGAGAUGAUAGACAAGAGACCGCAUUGAACCUGUCUACCAACGGCAUUAGCAGCAUCAACAUGUCAAUAGAAAUAAAUGGAGUUGUCUACACAGGCGUCCUGUUUGCUCGUCAGUCAUCCAUAACGGGGAUGAUGGGACAUCUUGGGAGCCAAUGUACAACUCAGGGAAAUCCCAGUCCCACGCACUUCCAGCCGUCUUGCUCUUCCUCCUCUUCAUCAUCUUCUUCCUCAGCUCAUGGGCACGGGAACUCUGUGUCCUCUCCCUGA